ACUUUACUGAGUCUCCAAACGGCCAUUUGCAUCGCGUCUCCCCUAAAAACCGUGCAGUAGGGUGUUAACUGUAAAGUAAAAUGCUUUUUAACAUUUUUGGUAAUGUAGCGUGACAUGUUGCUUUGGAUCGUAGACGGCACUUGAACACUUCCUCGUUUUCAACCCUCAAAAACUAACGCCAUGACCUCCUUCUCUCCAAUCCAAACUCUUUUGGCCCCUGGGUUGCUUGUCCUUUUUCUGUCCGUCCGUCUGGCUGCAGCUAAAGAAGAAACAAUCUAUGCAAAGAUUGGAGAUGAGGUUACUCUCAAACCAAAAGCCAGUACUGUGAUGCCUGAAAUCCAAACCAUCACCUGGAAAGUUGGGCAGGAUCUUGCUGCUGAACUGGAAAAUGGACAACUCGAAUUUUAUCGGGAAUUUAAAGGUAGGAGUGACUUGAACAAAAAGACGGGAGAUUUCACAAUCACAAACCUGCAAUAUGGAGACAGCAAUGUUUACAGGGUCGAGAUAAACGGCAAUCCUGGUGAUCACUCCAUUCGCCUUCAAGUCCUCUCUCCAGUUCCUGUCCCUACCAUUCAUUCAACGUGUCAUCAAGACUCAAACUCCUGUACCCUAACCUGUGAGGGAAACACAACCAGAGCGGAACCAGUGAACUACGUGUGGAUGGUUGAGAAAGAUGGAAGUGAAGUUAACACGGGAAGAGAAUAUGUGAUCAUGGUAUUAUUUCCAGUUAUUCUGUGGGAGAUGGGUUAA